AUGGUAGUGUUACUGUAUGUAUCGGGUGAAGCAUUUGGUGGAUCGCGGCGGCGAUGUGGCAAAUCAAUGAGCGCGACCAAAAUCGUUGGCGGUAAAGAUGCGGAGGCCGCGUGGCCCUGGAUGGCUCAUGUAUAUGUAUGCCGUAAAUGGAACACUGCGCGUGACAAAUGUUGGAGUUGUGGAGGUUCGCUGAUUAGCAAUCAAUGGGUACUUACUGCCGCCCACUGUCUUGAUAAAUUUGCUGAGGAAACUAGCAUCAUUGAGGUCGAAUUUCGUAAUUAUGAUGAUUAUGAUCGAGAAUCUAACUUUACUGUCGGAAUCAAGGAGGCUAGUAGAUACCACAAUGAUAUUGCUCUUUUGAAGUUAAAUAAACCGUUAGAUUUGAGUGAUUCGUAUAGUUAUAUCCAGCCAAUAUGUCUACCGUUGGCUAAACAAACAAUUCGUGUGGGCACAGAAUGCAUGGCCACCGGUUGGGGAGACACCAUAAGCAAUGUAGAUAGCCAAUCACCCAAAUUGCGACAGGUCGAAAUACCAAUCGUGGAGAAUGAAGACUGUGGAUGGUCAACUAACUUUGAUCCAAUUCUCAAAUUGUGCGCCGGACUAAAUGGCAAAGGUAUCUGCAGUGGCGACAGUGGCGGACCCCUGAAUUGCCCGCUGGGUAACGGUGCCUGGGUGGUCACUGGGAUUACGUCCACUAGUCAUAAUGAAGGUUGCGCAACGAGACCGAGCGCUUUUACCCGGGUUACCACUUUUAUACCAUGGAUUAAAAAUAUUACUAAGUUGGAAUUUUAA